AUGAAGCUCACGAUCUUCUGUAAUGGUUAGUUUUUGCUAGUUUGACCGAAAAGUUAUGAAGACAUUUCUUAAUGUUUUUCUCAAUGCGUCUCAAGCCAACCGUGAAUGAACUAUAGUCUUUUAAUUAAUCCGUUUGUUCCCCAUUCGCUUUUCUCACGUAGGAGGCCACAAUUUUCUUUUCCAACGUCUUCAAUUUUUCGCCCCUGGCUUUAGAAUUGAACCUAAAUGAGGCUCACGAUUGUUUCAGAUGGUGAGUUUUGAUUGAAAUAUUAGGAUUUUUCAAGAAAAAGGAGGAUUUUCAAAAGACCGAUUAUAAAAAAAUCUUCAUUUUACAGACAUUUUUUUCUUUAAUUACAAAAAUUAUUCGAGAGCCUUUUUUUAUAAACUUCAUUAACCUUCGUGUCGCAAGUAGAAUGGCUAAAAGUGUAAUUUUUGCGAUGGAUUUCUCUGCGCUCUCCUUUUUAACUGUUAUUUCCAUGUUGCUAUGACCUUGCUGAUGAGAGAUAAGAGAGCGCAGACAGGUCAGACUGUUUUGAAGAAUGGAGAAUGAAAUAUUUUUUCGUUUCAUCUUUGUUUUGAACUCAAGUAUUCAGCUCGACAUUUCAAGUUAGCAGUUGUUGGUGGCGGAGCUGCCGGCUGCGGGAUCAGCUCCAAGUUCGCCAGAUCGUUACCAAAAGGCGCAGUUGCUGUGAUUGAAUCUCAGGAAGUUCAUCAUUUUCCAAAAUUAUUCUGGAAACCAAUUUCAAGAAGCACUACUACCAGCCAGGCUUCACGUUAGUAGGUGGUGGCCUAAUGAAAUUGGAAGACACGAUUCGAAAAGAAGAAACCUUGCUUCAUAAAAACUGCACCUGGAUCAAAGACAGCGCUCAGAAGUUGCUACCCGAGAAAAAUAAAGUUGAACUGAGGUUUUUUAUUCGGAAUUCGUGAUUUUUCAGCGUUUUUCAGGAGUGGAGAAGAGAUCACGUACGAUUUUCUGGUGGUAGCCACUGGGAUUCAGCCGCGGUUCGAUCUGGUAUGUUUGAUUGGGUCUUGGAAGUUAAUUUUGGUGGUUUUUGAAAAAAAAGAAGUGUUUGAAGAAAGUUUGAAGUAUAUCUUCUAAUUAAUCAUCCAGAGUAUUUGGAAAACCUUCAAGAAUAAUAAAUUUUGAGAUCAAAGGCUGUCCAGAAGCUCUAGAAACACCAGGCGUCUGUUCAAACUAUUCUCCCCGGUUUGCAGAGAAAAAUUUUCGUGAAGCUCAACAGUUCCAGGUUUUAAUUCUAUUAAAAAAAAUGAAAAAAGCAGAAAAAAACUUAAGAGUGGAAACGCAAUAUUCACAUUUCCAAACGGGCCGACAAAGUGCGCUGGAGCGGCACAGAAAGUUUUUUUCCCGAGUUUUCCUCUUAAAUUGAAUGUCUUCAAGGCAUGUUACCUUGUCGAAGACAUAAUCCGCAAGCGUGGGAUCCGGAACAAGGCCAGAUUUCAGUAUUAUACAAGCUUAGGGAAGGUAAAGCUUCAAAAAAGAAGAAGAAUAAUAGUUUGGCAUCGAAGAUUUUCGGCAUCGAUAAAUACGCGAUCGAACUGCAAGCGGUGGCCGAAAAGAAAGGCGUCGACGUCUUGAUUCGUCAUAAUUUGAUCGAAGUUGACACGAGGAGAAAAACAGCUAUUUUCGAGAAACUCGACGGGAAUGCGAAGGGAACUGGCGAGAAAGUUGAAGUUGAGGUGAAGACCUAAUGGAGAAAAAUAAAAACAGUAAGUUGAACUUGGAAAGGGAUGAAGCUUUGGCUUUAAGAUUGACAUCAGUUCAGCCCGUCCGGCUUGGCACACUGUAGGUUUGAAUUGUGCAUGCACCGAUUUUUUCAUUAUUAGCGGGCUUUUUGUAUCAAAAAGCAGCAAAAUCGGAAGAAAACCCCAAUUUGAACAGUCAAGGAGUCAAACUUUGUUUGAAAAUCAAGUUUUCGCACACGCCAGCAAGUCUUAAAAAAUGACCUAGUUUGAGAAAUCCGUCAUUAGUAAGUUAAAUUAGUUAAAAGUAAGUUAAAAGUUAAAAUUCGUGAUUGCUGUCAUUUCUCACUUUAUUAAUGUCGAAAACAGCCGUGUCCAUUUUAUUGAAAAGGAAAAAUGGUCUAGUAUGUAUAAUACUGUAUGUUCAGCGGAAAACGGACGUGACUCUGUAGGUCUGAGGUGGUGAAUCGACUCCAAUAAAAUCGGAUCUUUCUUUAUUAUUUAACUUUUUAUCCUUAAACUUAAAUCCCUAUUUCAAGUGAUAUUUUCAGUACUCGUUGCUCCACAUUUCACCGGUUUGUUUGCCGCCUGAAGUGGUGAGAAGUUCGUCGCUGGCCGAUCCUCAAGGUUUCGUGGAUGUCGACGGCUUCACCCUUCAGGUUUUCUAUUCAUCAAGUUUUGAAAAACUUUUAUUCAGUCCAAAAAGUUCGCCAACGUUUUUGCGGCGGGAGACUGCGCCAAUACACCAAACGCAAAGACGGCCGCCGCAGUUUCGUCUCAUUUGAAAACCCUACAUAGAAACUUACAACGAGUUAUGGAUGGAGAAAAGCCGGAUGUCAAGGUUAAUUGUAUUCUGUAAUCUAACUAUGAAAAAACGUUUCUUUUCUAUUUCUAGUGGUUUCUAUCCACUUCUAUAUACUUUAAAGAACGGAAGAUGAUUUAUUUUUUUCGGAAAAUUGUAUCUUUAACAAGUUUGAGUUUGCUUUUUUUGCAGUACGACGGCUACGCCUCUUGCCCCCUCGUUCUAGGAGGCGGAAAAGGAAUUCUCGCUGAGUUCAACUCUAGUGGACCCUUGGAAACGACACCACUCAAUCAAGCCAAACCAGCGUAAUUUUUCUUUCCUGUCGAACAAAAAUCAACUCUUCUUUCCAGAAGAUGGGCCUAUCUGCUGAAAAGAUACGCGAUGCCGUUUCUCUACUGGCGAUUCUUGGUGAGAGGAUGGUGGAACGGACCAGCAACCCUCCGAAAAAUCCUUCAUUUUGGGUUCAAAUGA